AGGUUAUGUUUAUGUAAUUGUAAACUUGGCAUACGUGAUGAAUUGACGAUAUUCAAAAAUUUGCAUAAAAUUGAUAAAAAAAGUUUGAUUCAAUUAUCGGAAAAUAGUGAAACCAACCAUGUCGGACGAGUUUGUUGUUAGAAACGAGAACAUUUUGCACAGCGGCAUGUUCCAUCCCACUCUGAGAACUUGGCAAGGUUUACAAUGCAAUAUCGGCCCCGAAAACUUUAUGUAUCCCGUAUUUAUUGUCGAAGAAAAUAAUGCUAUUCAACCGAUCGAUAGCAUGCCAGGAAUAUCUCGGUUUGGAGUCGAUUCAUUGAAGCAACACCUACAACCUUUGAUUGCGAAAGGUUUAAAAUCAAUAUUACUAUUCGGCGUAAUAAACACCCUUACUAAAGAUGACAAUGCAACACACGCAGACAGUCCCCAAAAUCCGGUAAUCAAAGCUCUCCCGAAACUACUCGAGUGGUUCCCCGAUUUAAUCAUAGCUUGUGACGUUUGCCUGUGUCCUUACACAUCUCACGGUCAUUGCGGCAUGUUUAACAACGAUGGAUCCUUAGACAAUACGAGCAGCAUCAGAAGAAUAUCCAAAAUUGCCCUGAAUUACGCCAAAGCCGGUGCUCACAUAGUCGCUCCUUCCGAUAUGAUGGACGGGCGAAUCGGUGCGAUUAAAACGGAACUGGUUAACAACGGAUUGGGGAAUAAAGUAGCAGUGUUGUCCUACACGGCUAAAUUCGCUUCUAAUUUCUACGGCCCCUUUAGGGACGCGGCUAAAUCGAAACCGGCGUACGGGGAUCGAAAGUGCUAUCAAUUGCCUGCAGGUGGCGCGGGUUUGGCUUUGAGAGCGGCCGAGAGGGACGUCUCAGAAGGCGCCGAUAUGCUUAUGGUGAAACCCGUAAUGAUUUACAUGGAUUUAGUUAGACAAAUCAAAGACAAGUAUCCGGAGCGUCCCAUGUUCGUUUAUCAAGUAUCCGGAGAGUAUUCGAUGAUUUAUAACGCGUCUGUGAAAGGAACGUUCGAUUUGAGAUUGGGUUUGAUGGAAAUUUUCUCGUCUCUUAGAAGAGCAGGUGCCGAUGUGAUUAUUUCCUACUUUACUCCGCUUGUACUACAUUGGAUGAGUCAACCUAAAAAUAAAUUGUAAAUGAACUAUUAAAUUUAAAUAGUGUAAUUA